GAAGAGAGAAGACAGGCCGGAACCACAGACAAAAUGUCCAAAUAUUAUGGGAUAGCCUGCCUCUUGUCUCUGUAUGUGAUGUCUUUGGCACCAUCCUGUGAUGGAGGGAGCAUCCUGGUUUUUCCGGUGGAUGGCAGUCAUUGGAUCAAUAUGAAGGUGCUGAUGGAGGAGCUUCAAUCUCGCGGACACAAGCUAACUGUGAUACGAGCCUCCAACAGCUGGUACAUCCCCGAGCAAUCCCCUCUCUACACCACUGUCAACCUCCAGAUGGAGGAAGCCUUCGAGGAUUUUUUUGAUAUCUUUCUUGAAAAGCAAAUUAAGGCACAGAGAGAGGGGGCCUCAGCCCUCACGUUUCUCAAACUCACGAAGGAUUUUCUGCACAUGAUCAGCCAUGCUCAUGCGAUCUGGUGUGAAGCAUUGGAAAAAAUACUGGAAGAUGAUAAAAUGGUCAAGAGUUUAUUGGACGCAAAAUAUGAUUUGAUGCUCACGGAUCCAGCCAUAGCACCAGGAGUGGUGCUGGCAAAGCAUUUAAAACUGCCUGUAGUUUUAAAUGUUCGCUGGGUUACAAGUGGCGAUGGACAGUUUCAGUUAGCUCCUUCCCCUCUGUCCUACAUCCCAGUACCAGGGUCAGGUUUCACAGACAAAAUGGACUUCUUACAGAGAGCUCAAAAUCUGUUUUAUUACAGUAUUACACAAUUUCAACAGUAUGUUUUGGUUGGGCCAAGCUAUGAUGCCGUAUGCGAGAAGUAUAUUGAGGGUGGAUGUGAUAUCAUCUCCCUUCUGCAGGAUGCAGAUAUUUGGCUGUUCAGGUCUGAUUUUGUGUUUGACUUUCCUCGACCUACAAUGCCUAAUGUCAUUUACAUGGGAGGCUUUCAGUGCAAACAGGCCCAGCCUCUGUCUGCAGAGCUGGAAGACUUUAUGCAGAGUGCCGGAGAACAUGGAGUUAUUAUUAUGACUCUGGGCACUUUAGUCAAUGCUUUGCCCCCUGACUUGGCUGAUGAAAUAGCCAGCAUUUUUGCCAAACUGCAUCAAAAGGUGAUCUGGAGGCACAUUGGUGCACGUCCCUCUACUGUGGGCAACAACACUCUGAUUGUGGACUGGAUGCCUCAGAAGGACCUGCUGGGACACCCUCAGACCAAAGUCUUCGUGGCUCAUGGUGGGACCAACGGUGUUCAAGAGGCCAUCUACCAUGGUGUCCCGGUGCUGGGCAUCCCGUUGUUCUUUGACCAGUUUGACAACCUGCUCCGUUUGCAGGCGAGGGGAGCGGGGACAAUCAUCAGGCUCAAUGAGCUGAAUGGAGAGACAUUUGAGCAGGGCCUGAGGGAGCUGCUCCACCAGGAGCACUAUAGGGACAACAUGCAGAGACUGUCCCGUCUCCAUAGGGACCAGCCCCUGUCCCCCAUGGACCAGGCUGUGUUUUGGGUGGAGUACGUGAUACGACAUAAAGGGGCUGCUCACCUGCGCACACAGGCCUAUAAGAUGCCCUGGUACUCCUACUACUGUGUGGAUGUGCUGCUGCUGCUACUGUCCGCUGUCAUUGGGACAGUGCUCUGUGUGGUGGCUCUGUUCAGGUUUCUGUGUUCCAGGAACAGAACCAAGAUCAAAGACAAGAAGCAAUGAUCAUAGUGCACACUUCACUUGGUCCAUUCAAAGCAACUGUUUUUAUGGCUUCUUUUUUGAAGCAGUAUUAGUGAGUAAAACCAAAUGUAUAUUUAUACAAAUAAAUCUAUGUUUUAUAAAGGACAGAAUUUGAGAUAUGUACUUGUGUUUGUGUUUGCUUGUAUUUUAUCCUUUAGCAUGAUUUGCCACAACACAGUUGCACAGUGAAUGAGUAGGCUUUUACUAAUUUAUUUUUUAUCACCGUUCCAAGGUUAACCUGUCAUAUUUCUUGUGACUGAGACAGACAAUGUGUCAAACAGUGUGUUCUUAGAUACAAGGACAGUAUAUAUUUGGGUGUGUUUCUGGUUCCAGGGGAAACAAUUUACCCUUUCUUGUAUAAUCUCUACUCUGAUUGUGAUUUUGAUAAUGCUCUCUGUGAAUGACAUCACCUUCUGAACAUCAUCAGUGCUAAAAAAAAUACAGUUUUAAAAAUAGCAUCCACCUUAAAGUUUUUUUUAAUUUUUUUUUUUUUAUCAAAACAAUUAACAUCUGGAAGAGUGCAAUCCCAGAAAAUCCAACAGCAUAUGCUUUGAGUUAUAGGAUAAGUGAGCAUGGUCUGUUAAAUACAUGUACAAGGUAAUUACAUGACACUUGACUCUUCUGAACUGAUAAGAGAAGCCAUUUAUAAUCUUAAAUGUUUUUAGGUUAAUAAAAUGCAAUAUAA